AUGUCAGAUUCUAAUGCAACCGAAUUCACCAACCCCUCCACCUUCAUCCUGCUGGGCAUCCCUGGCCUGGAGGCAGCCCAUGUCUGGAUCUCCAUCCCCUUCUGCGCCAUGUAUAUCGUAGCCAUCUUGGGGAACGUCGCCAUCCUAUACAUUGUGAAGACAGAGCCAAGACUCCAUGAGCCCAUGUACUAUUUCCUCUGCAUGCUGGCCAUCAACGACCUGGUCCUGGUGACAUCCAUCCUGCCCAAAACGCUGAGCAUCUUCUGGUUCAAGUCCAGGGAGAUUGAUUUCAGCGCCUGUCUCACCCAGCUGUAUGUCAUUCAUGGCUUCUUCAUGACUGAGUCGGGGCUCUUCGUGGCCAUGGCGUAUGAUCGCUACGUGGCCAUCUGCCACCCCCUGAGACAUUCCACCAUCCUCACAAACCGUGUGGUGGCCACACUCGCUCUGGCCAUGCUGCUCCGUGGGGGCAUAAUCGUCCUGCCCUAUCUCCUGCUGGCCAGGCAGUGGCCAUAUUGCAGAACAAACAUCAUCCCCCACACGCACUGCGAGCACAUGGCUGUGGUGAAACUGGCCUGUGCCGACAUCCGCAUCAGUAGCUACUACGGCCUCUUUGUGGUAUUCUGUGUGACUGGUCUGGAUGCAGUUUUUAUUGCUCUGUCCUAUACACACAUCCUCCGAGCCAUCUUCCGCCUCCCCACAAAGGAUGCCCGGCUCAAGACUUUUGGGACAUGCAUCACCCAUCUGUGCGCCAUCUUAGCCUUUUACAUCCCACGUCUCUUUACCUCGCUCACUUCCCGUUUUGGCGAGAACAUGCCCCUGUAUUUUCAUAUUCUCAGUGCCAACCUGUACCUCCUGCUGCCCCCCACACUGAACCCCAUCAUCUACGGGGUGAAGACCAAGCAGAUCCGUCACAGACUGCUCCGGCUCUUCACUCAUUGUGGGGGAAAAGUUUUCUCCUGGUGCUGUGGCUCUCAGGAAGAGUUGAGGGCUGUCAGGGUGCUGGGCCCACUUCCCUAG